GGAAACAUGGCCAUUGCUACAUAUUGCGCAGGACCGAAAUUUAACCUAAAUGUGAUGUUGUGACUUAAAAUAAGGAAACAUUUAUAUAAAAGAGAAAAAAUGCCAAUAAGCAUGAAUAAACUGUAAAAUAAAUAGCAUACCGUGAACGAUUUUAUUAUCACAUUUAUAUUUCAUUAAAUAUUUAACUACAAAUAUAUUCAAGAUGUUGCGAAGGUCGAUUUUGAUUAGCGAGCUUUUGAAAGCGUUGAGAAACGUGCGGUUAAUAUCGGCAUGGGUGUCAUUUCUGCAUGUUCCAAAGAAAAGUGUCCAUACUGUAUUUCUAACAUUGAUCCUUCUGAGUUAGAUGCUAUCGAGUAUACCAAAUUCUACAAUCAUUUCAAGCGGAAUAAUAUAAGACAGUGUACACAAAGUUCUAACAGCGAGCUAUUCAGCCCUCAUCAAACAAGGUAUUUGAAGAUGGAGUACGAAUGGGAAAAUAGUUACAUUCGUGAAAGCCAUAGUAAGAAGAGAAAGCUGAAUAACGAAGAGGCUAUAGGCGUUGAUGCAUCUCCAGAAGAAAAGUAUACCGAAGAGAAUGAAGCAGCAUAUAAUGUCCACAAUGCAGAUGCUGACAGUGGUGGCGAGACUAAUGUGUCUAACAAGGUUCAGCAUAUGAUGAUGAAAAUGGGAUACAAACCGGGUAAGGGUCUCGGAAAGGAUGACCAGGGUCGUGCAGAGCCUAUAGAAGCGGUCGCACAACACGGUCGACGAGGAUUUGGGCAUGUUGUUCCUGGUCUCAAGGAAGCAAGUCUCCGAUGGAAUCCAAAGACUGAAGAGAUAAAAGCUAUAGAAGAUAUUGAAUGGCUACAAAAUGCGCACUCUGCUGCAGAUACGUCCCCGAUGUUACUCGACUGGUUGAAAUUGGGAUGGAAGAAAUACAGUUUGGACGAUGAGAACCUGUUUUGCGAUCCGGACAUUUUGAAACGAGUGAUUGCUAGUAAAACCAUAUUCGACAGUCUAGACAAGUCAGAGAUGCGUAAGGCGAGGGCACGUGCGAAUCCGUAUGAGACAAUUCGCAGCAUGCAAUUCCUAAAUCGCGCAGCCGUGAAGAUGGCAAAUAUAGAUAGAGCAUGUGACUUCAUGUUUACUAAUCCGAAGAACGUGGACUCUAACGAGUUACUAUACUUUGCGGAUGUGUGCGCCGGUCCAGGUGGCUUCAGCGAGUACAUAAUGUUCAGGAAGAACUGGCACGCCAAAGGAUUUGGAUUCACUUUGAAGAAUAGUAACGAUUUCACGUUGGACGAGUUCUUCGCCGGCCCAUGCGAGACUUUCCAUCCGUUUUAUGGGCCCAAGGAAAACGGAGACGUAAUGGACGCACAGAAUCAAGAAGCAUUUCAAUCGCUGAUUAUGAAGCACACCAACAACAAGGGUGUGCACUUUAUGAUGUCAGACGGUGGAUUCUCAGUGGAGGGACAGGAGAACAUUCAGGAGAUUCUGUCGAAACAGUUAUAUCUGUGCCAGUGCCUGGUAGCCCUGAGAAUAGUGAGACCGGGCGGACACUUUGUUACGAAGCUGUUCGACUUAUUCACGCCUUUCAGCAUCGGGCUUAUUUAUCUGAUGUACAAGUGCUUCGACAGUAUCUCCAUUUUCAAACCCAACAGUUCCAGGCCAGCCAAUUCAGAGCGUUACCUGAUAUGCAAGGCGAAGAGGCUCGAUACGCGAGAGAUCACGAAUUAUUUGAUUCACGUCAAUAACAUGCUCUCAUCGCAGGACGAUAAAAACGACGUAAUUGAACUGGUACCACUCGAUGUGUUGGAGGCGGACAAGGAGUUUAUAAGUUACAUGAGAAACUCCAACAACAUUUUAGGACAAAAACAGAUAACAAGUCUUCUCAAGAUUGCUGCAUUUUGCGAAGAUCCGACAUUGAUCGAGUAUCAGCAGGCGACCAUGAAGGAGGAGUGCCUUAAGUAUUGGAAGCUGCCAGUUCAAGCUAGAAUGAGGCCUCCGAUAUCGAAGCCUCAGGACAAGGCGCAGGAGAUCCUGGGUGGUGACCUAGCACUGCUCAGUUGCGAAUCAACUAAACUAAAGAACGACAACAUACAGAUAUUGAGUCAACCAUACGACUGGUACUGUAUGCCAUGUGGUUCUGGCCCAUACGUUGAGGAGGAUAAGCAGGCGACGUUUUACUUAGGCCUAGGAAGAAGAAAGGUGUUUCGAUAUCUGAGAGGCAAAUGGGAAUCUGUGGGGGACGCGAAGAUCGAACUACCAGCCAAUACUCUCAUAUACGCCGAGCUGGUGUACGAGACAAAAUGGACAAGUGGAAAGUUCUUCUUGAAAACGCGCGCAUUACACAUUUUGGAUGCGUAUAUGCUUGGUGGAGAGGAUGUGAGCAAGAUGUAUUUAUCCAAGAGGUAUCAGCUUACGAAGAAAUUUUGCGAUGCCUUGUGGAAGCCAAUACCCAAUGAUUACAUUUGCGUUCGUGCUAAACCAAGAUUCUGGCUAACCCCAGAUAUACAGAAGAAACUGCGAGUCACACAGCGCCGAAAUGUAAAAAUGCCCAUCUCAUUUGAGUUUCCGAAAAGUCCUCAAGAAUACGAAAGCGAUACUGAUAUGCAAGAACCCGUGUACUCGGCUUUCAACACCGUAAUGUUUAUACGAAGUAUCGCUCCGCCAUGGGCGCGUCAUCUUAGUAGGACGACCGGCGAAUUUUAUGUCUAUAACGCAGUUACGAAACAAACGGAAUAUGAAGUCCGAAAUAAAAUGCACAACAGACCACCCGAGGCCGAGGCCAAUUUCACGCGGGCGUUUAAUGAUAGAGUCAUCUGGAAUUGGCCACAUGACACAAACAAUACGCUUAAUAUGGAUUCUCUAGUUAACGCUAUAACUCAAAUGCUGAAUCCACACAGAAAAUAGUGGUAGUAAAGUUACAGCUGCAUGUACAUAGUUUGUAUUUAUUUUUACUUUUUUGUUUGGAAUUGCACGUCGCGUUUUCAGUCUUUUUUACCGUCCGAACUGUUCAAAGUAUUCGGUGUUGGAUGCCAAGUACAAAUCGUUUUUAAGAACAAUUUAUACGACGUAACAAGAGAUGAAGGGUGCUUUCCAGAAACGGUGUGACACAGUGUUGAUUUGCAUCAAAAAUGCUGUUUAAUUUUUUUUAUUCCACCACAAAAAUGUAAUGUUGAUAUCCAUGGCCCCAAGUACAAUAUAGAAAUUAUAAUAUUAUAAUAUCAUUUCAAACACUGUGUAACACAAUGUUGCCAAUGUCGUUGUUGAAAAGCACCUGAAGAAAGAUAUUUCUGACAUUCAUAGAUUCAUACAUAGAAAAAAGACAUAUGUAUAUAUAGAAUGAAACGAACAAAUGUUUUCAAAUCGUGAAUAAGUUAAUAAUUUUUUUCUAUUAUUUCCUAGAACAAUUAUUAAAAUUAAGUUUGUUACAAAUUUCAUAUCUGUUUUUGUCAGAUUAUUUUGCGGUAUUAGAUGCAAGAUCUUAAAGCAACAAUGUAUAAUCAUAGUUACAAAUUAUAUAUCAUGAGUAAUAUGAUAAAUAAUAAAACCGAUCAG